CCACACCUGGGUGGAAGUGGCAGCACAGCUCACACAGAAACACCGACAUGAGGAUCCAAAGGCGUUUGUCCAUAACUUUGCUGGCCCUGCUGCUGGGGGCAUCCUGCAUCCAGGCCAACGACUCCGGCGACGACACUGAACAUCACACCGACACAAAAGAAGAUGCAUCAACGGAGACAACAGAGGAAACUUCAGGAGAAGAGACUGAAGAGGCACCAAAAAAGGAGAAGACAACAGAGAUAGAAGAAGAGAAAGAUGUCAUGGUUCUCCACAUCAACAACUUUGCCAGAGCUCUCAGCGAGAACAAAUAUUUAUUAGUUGAAUUCUAUGCUCCUUGGUGUGGCCACUGUAAACAGCUGGAGCCAGUUUAUGCUGAGGCAGCUGAGAAGCUGAAGGUGGAGGAACCAGCGAUGCGUUUGGCCAAAGUGGAUGCUAUAGAGGAGAAAGAGCUGGCUGAUGAGUUUGACGUUGGAAGCUUUCCCACUCUGAAACUAUUCAUUGAUGGAGACCGCAAGCAACCCAUUGACUACUCUGGUAAGAGGUCGGUGGUGGGAAUUAUCCAGUGGAUGAAACGUCGUGCAGGCCCCGGUGCUCCAGAUCUCAACUCUGCAGAUUCUGCAGCUCAGUUCAUCAAAGCCUAUAACGUCACUGUUAUAGGAUUUUUUGAUAGUCUGGAAAGUGAGGCUACCAAAGUGUUUAAGGAAGUUGCUUUUGAUAUGACUGACACAGAGUUUGCAGUUACAGCGACUCCUGAAGUUUUCCAGAAGUAUGACGUGAAAGCCGACUCAGUGGUGCUCUUCAAAAAGUUUGAUGAUGGCAGAGCCGACUUUGUGCUGUUAGAAGAAGGGAAGCUGGACAAAUACAAUUUGACCACCUUCAUCAAAGAAAACAGCCUGGAGCUCAUCAUUCCAUUCAGCCAGGAGUCAGCAGACAAGAUCUUCACCCAUCGCAUCCUCUUGCACAGCCUGCUGUUCGUCAACUCCACCGUGAAGAGUCACAUGAAUUUGCUGGAUGAGUCCAGAGCUGUAGCCAAAGAGUUCAAGGGAAAGAUGCUGUUUAUUAUGAUUGAUGUGACAUCAGCCCUAUCACAUGUACUAAAAUACUUUGGCGUGUCUGAGAGUGAAGCACCUACUGCUCGCAUCAUCAAUAUGGAGACACAGAAGAAGUUCAACAUUGCUUCUGGAGAUCUAACAUCGAAUUCACUGCGACAGUUGUGUCAGGAGGUUGUGGACGGCACUGCAAAGCCAUACUAUCGGUCUGAGGAGAUCCCAGAAGACUGGAACAAAGGACCAGUUAAAGUCCUGGUGGGCAAGAAUUUUGAGUCUGUUGCUCUGGACCCCACUAAAAAUGUCUUUGUGGAGUUCUAUGCUCCUUGGUGUGGACACUGCAAGGAACUGACUCCCAUCUGGGAGCAGCUGGGUGAGAAAUAUGCCGACCAUGAUGACAUCAUCAUAGCCAAGAUGGAUGCCACAGCCAACGAAGUGGAGUCUGUUGCGAUCGAUGGGUUUCCAACACUCAAAUAUUUCCCCGCUGAUGACAAAGAGGUGAUAAACUACACUGGUAAAAGAGAUCUGGAGACUAUGUCAAAGUUCCUGGAUGAUGGAGGAGUGUUGCCAAAGGAGGAAAGUGUUGAGGAUGGGGAUAGUGAUGAUGAUGAUGAUGAUGAUGAUGAUGAUGAUGAUGAUAAUGAUGAAGAAGGAAAGGACAGUGAGGAACAGGAGAACAGCAAAACAGAGGAUUCCUCACAGUCGCCAACAAACCAAACAUCCAAAGACGAGCUGUAAUGACGACAAAUCAAGAUCAAACCUACAUCUUCCAGUUUUCUUAAUAAAAAGUUAUAUAGGUUUAAAACAGCUGUUUAGUCGUGACUAUUAUGAGUGGAUUUUAAACUUUGAUGCUUUAUGUUAAACACACUUCCUGUACAAAGAUCAUUAUAGUUUCCUUCUCUAAAUGUCUCUUGAUACAGCUUGUUAGCUGAAGUGAAAUGUUGAUGUGUGAUAGAUGAUGCUGGUGUUUUUAAGACCUUAAAUGUUAUAAUGUUCAGCCCAAUCAGGACUUUUGUAAAUUGCCAUUAAUUUAAUGGAGAUGAGGCAGGAAGUUAAUGAACUAGGAAAAAACUGGGUGUGAAAGAAAUAGCAGAAAUAAAUAAACUGAUCAUUAUAUUCCUAAAUAACUUCUGGGAUAAGCAGUGUUGAAUAUAAUACAGCUGUAAAUGAAGGAGCUUUGUAGCAUUUUCUGAGAUCGGGUAUAAAGGGAGAGUCAAGCUGAUCUGUGUCAGUAUGUGGAGGUAGUGCCUGUGUCAACUAUGCCACUGAACAAAUUCAGACUGGUUUAGAUAACAUCAAACAUUGACAGACUGUCGAAACAAAAUGAAAAUUAAAUAAUAUAAUUGCUUGUUUUAGCUCCCACUGCAUAUAUGCUC